GUUUUGGCAGAUGGUUUCACUCUGACGUCAGAUUACCAUGGUGACCAGCUGAAUAGGGAAAAGAUGGCUGCCGGGCCGGGAGGUGGAGGGCCAAUAGAUCUUCGGGGUUGCUCGGCCUGGUUGCUCACACUCGGAGCUUUUUUUCUGUUGUCGUUUCGCUAUGCAGGAGCCGCUAACUGCAGGCACAGGGCCCCAGCCCCGGAUGAGGUGGUGUAUAAAGUUCCACAAAAAUCCAAUCACAUAUUGAAGAGACACGUUUCCCCGCAACUGAGAGUGAAGACGGUUUAUGAUAAAAGCAUCGAGAGCCUUACCCCCGAAAAGAGAAGACUCGUGAAGAACCAACUUUUCCCACAAGCAAUUUCCUAUCUGCAAAUGACCUUUCAGGUUCGGAAGCCUAGCAGCUCUAUUCUGCUCAGCAGGCAAUGUGCAACCAAUCAGUAUCUGAAGAAGAGAGAUGAUCCCCGUAGAUACUGUCAUGGCACCUGUUCAGAGUACACACGUUGUGGCCCUGUCAUUGUACCAGAAGAACAUCUACAGCAAUGCAUGGUGUGUAGUGAAGCCCAGUGGCACUGUGGCCCUUCAGGAGCCUCAGAUGGCAGAGGAAUUCAGGAUACUGACUUUGUACUGUAUGUCAGUGCAAUGACCACUGAGAGAUGCAGCCAGGAGAACAUUGUGGCGUAUGCUGCUUACUGCCAGCUGGAGUCUGAAAUGGACAGGCCCAUAGCUGGUUAUGCCAACUUAUGCCCAAACAUGAUUUCCACCCAUCCCCAGGAAUUUGUGGGCAUGCUAUCCACAGUUAAACAUGAGAUCAUCCAUGCCUUGGGGUUUUCUGCUGGGCUCUUUGCCUUUUACUAUGAUGAUGAUGGGAUGCCGCUGACAAAGAGAUACAUCAAUGGCCUCCCAUUCUUCAAUGAGAGCCGUGGAUUCUACCAGUGGAGUGACAAAGUGGUUAGGAUGGUACAGAGAGUUUGGGACGUUCGUGGCCAGAAAACUCUUCACCACAAUGUUUUUCUCCUGGUCACACCCAGAGUUACAGAGGAAGCACGGAGGCACUUUGACUGCCCUGUUCUGGAGGGUAUGGAGCUAGAGAACCAAGGUGGCAUUGGCACAGAACUGAACCACUGGGAGAAACGCUUAUUGGAGAAUGAAGCAAUGACUGGGUCUCACACACAGAACAGGGUGUUCUCCAGAAUAACGUUGGCACUAAUGGAAGACACAGGGUGGUACAGAGCCAAUUACAGUAUGGCUGAAAGACUCGACUGGGGCCGUGGGAAAGGCUGUGAUUUUGCCAUGAAAAGCUGCAAAUAUUGGAUUGACAAACUCAAGAAAGAGAACCAGAAUUUGAGUCCAUUUUGUGACACUGUGCGGAGCAACCCCCUACAACUCACCUGCAGGCAGGACCAGAAGGCUGUGGCCAUAUGUAACCUGCAGAGGUUUUCCACCCCAUUACCCCAAGAAUACCAGUACUUUGAUCAUAUCCCUGGGGUGUUGACAGACGACUUGCCUUUCUAUGGUGGGGCUGUGGAAAUUGCAGACUUUUGCCCCUUUGCACAGGAGUUCCGCUGGCAUCAAAGUGGGGAGUUUCAACGCAGCUCCGACUGCAGAGCAUCUGAGAACCAACCAGCCUCCUCUAAGAAUUACGGUGCUGAAAGCUAUGGGCCGGAGUCUGCAUGCCUGGAGCAGAGAUCUGCCUUUGUAAUGGAGCAAUGCAUGAAAAGGAUGAGUUAUCCAGAUUGGGGAAGCGGCUGUUACCAGGUCAGUUGCACUGAGGAUGGCCUCCAAGUCUGGGUUCAUGAUACCCCAUAUCUAUGCACCAAAUCAGGCCAGAUACUCCAUGUCCAUGUCCAGAUGAAUUCCUGGCUCUAUGAGGGGAACCUGGUUUGUCCAUCCUGCACAGCCUUUUGCGAUAUGUGCCCACCUGAGCGAGACCCCCCUCUAGAUAACAGAACCAGAGCCGUUCCUUUGGAUCUCUGCUCUCACUCUCCAAACCUGGUGGUUACCCUGUGGCUCUUGACACUCAAUUUACUCCCAGUGCUGGCCGGUUUCUUCCUCUGUGUCUAUAACUAGCCACGGAGCUGUUGGCGGAACUAGCCACGCAGGAGAUUGGCUCGCUCUGGAUCAGAGCUUCACUCUGUGUCUGUGACACUGGCCGCACCUUACUCUGCCAUCAGAGUGAAUAAAGAUCUGCCCGAUACUGACAGGCUAAGGGAAUAUUUUGCACAGGGACUCUGUUACUUGUUCCCUGCCUAGCAUUGAGUGUCUGGCUGCACAGCACAUACUGUAUCCUGAUUUGAGUAGUGGGUACAUGGCUGCAUGGUACAGAGAUUUGGGCAGAGGGUGCCUAACUGCUUGCUACAUAGCCAGAUUUGGGUUUAUUAGACAAAGUAUUUAUAGAGAGUAAUAUGUCCUUGUCAGUGAUGUGAUCUUGUUUUUCCCUGCAAACUGUGACUUUAUUUGUCUUUUAUUUACCUGUAGUUUUACAUAAAAACUGAGACUGGCUGGAUAGAUCUUGGGUGGUGAGGGCACUAAAUCCCCACCCCAAAAUAGUAAAUAUAUUUAGAUGCGUAUUUCUCCUAUCCCCCAGAUAUCCAUACAUUGCUGCUACCUCCUUGCACUUGGGGGCUGCACGCCCAUACCAUACAACACAGAGUAUAUUUAGAUAUGUAUUUCUAUACGUAUAUUAUAUAUACUUUUUAAACCAUUUCACUGAAGGCUGGGACAGAUCCCUCUUCUCCUCUCUCUUUCUUAUUGUAGGGUAUAUUGCUUUUAUCUUGCUGAAUAGGAGGAUAGUAUAUUCAUAGAGGAUACUAAUCUUCUGCGGUCACAGUAGGAACUUAGUGCAAUAUUAUCCCUGAUUAAUCUCUGCUUUGGCCUAAAUAUGUACGAGCCUUUGGGGAAUGUUUCCCCAACAUGGAAUUGGGGUGCCUGGUUCCUUAAACCAGAGUGCAGUGUUUGCCCUUUAAUUUAUUUAAGUAGGCCCCUUUAUUUAGUGAGUGCUGUAGUGUUUGUAAAGUAUGCUCUACGUUACUAUAUGUGAUGUGAGUGGAGAGACAAUGUCACACACAUGUUGGGAUUGCACAGGGUACCCAAUAUGGCUGACUGUGUUACCUUUAAUAAGUAAUAUUCCAAAGAAGGGCGAGUUCUCGACAUGCAUUGUCUGUGAGUGACAGGGGGGACACUUGCUUUUUGUCAUGAGCCAAAAUAGUGUUAAACAUCCUCCCUUUCUCUUUAUGUUCCCAUUUUGUAAUUGUGUAAUAUAAAUAUUAGGGAGGCAGCAUUUGUUAUCUCUCCAUUGUGUUACAGUCCCCUUACAAUCAAGCAGCAGGGUUAGAUAUGAAAUAUGUGAUGCCCAGUCUGCACAUGUGUAUUUGUUUACACAUGCAUUUCUGCUCCGAGUGCACUGACGUGGGGAUUAGUAUUGUGAGACACUGAAUUCACUGUUUCAGGUUCCUGACCUUUCCUCUAGUGUAACGGGCAUCUCCCCAUCAGAUAAUAAAGGCUGAAUAGUUUAUGUGGGUGCAGUCUGUACAUUUGGUACCAGGGGGGCAGGGAUUCAGGGACAUGUCCUCUGCAAAUAUUGACUCCAUUACCUAGAAAAGGAUUCUGGGUAAUGACGCUUGCACUGCAAAGGAUUCUGGCAAUAAUUCCAUUGCUUGGCUAAGUAUUCUGGACAAUUCUUCCAUAACACAGCAAUGAAUUCUGGACCGAGGAUCCCCAGAGCUGCGCACUCUUACUGCAUAGGGGUCAACGUUUCCUUCAUCCUAUCAUGGUAUAGUCCAUGUGGUGCUGCCAUAUUGUUUGUGAGAAAUGGAGAGUGUUUAGCCCAUUGUCUCCUUUGGAAUGCCAGUAUGCUGGGUGCUGUUUCCUUUUUGCUUAUUGUGGAUGUUUAGGGGCGUUACAGCUAGGUGGGGUGGGAUUAUUACUGCAGAACACAGGACUGCAAAGUAUCUGUUGCUACCUCAGGGUUCAUUGCCUCAAACAGUUGUGGUACCAGUACAUAGAUGUAUAGAUGUAUAUGCUCCGUAUAUGCCCAGUGUGCCAAGUUAUAUGUUUUCCUUUAAGCGCAUGCUCUGUCCACUUAGCCCUAUCUGCUUUCUGCCUAUGCAGAAAGAAUUAGAAGGUUUAGGGCACGUGCAGAGCAGACCAAAUAUUUUAGUUAAAGGGGAGCUAAAGUCAUGUUUUUUAAAGCAUAUAUAGGUUUCCAUCACUAAAUAAAACAAUUUUGUAAUGUAUGUCUGUUGAAACUGUUGUACCUGUUUUGAGUUACAUGCAAUUUUUUUCUGCAGCUUUCUCUUCUCAGUCUUGUUUGCGAUCUCCUUUGAAGUUCAGGGAACGCUGGCCAUAUUACUGCCUGAUGCUCUGAGGUCACAGUCAUUACUCAACAUAUAUAUAUAUAUAUGUGUAAAGGUUAAACCACCCUUGAGCUUCAUCUAGCAGUUAAGCAUCAGAGGGGCAGCCCAUCAAUCACUGGCAAGCAGGAUGGCCAGCAGCUGCUGAACUUUGAAGGCUAUUGAGAAGAGAAAGUCGCCACAGAAACAAUCACGUGUAUCUUGAAGCAUGUACAAUAUUUUUUAUAGACAUACAUAUAAAAUUGUUUUAUUCAUGGAAAUGGACCUAUAUACAGUAUGCAUUUUAAAAAUUGAAUUAAGAUCCCCUUUAAAAAAAAAAUAGAAAAAUAUUUUCUGGUUUUUUUUAACAUUAAUUUUUAGUGUGAUCUGAGUGUGGUUUCCAAUGUGCCCUAAUCCUUCUAUUUCUUUCUGCACAAAUUGUCCGCUCCCCUGAGCUCUGGGGCUGCAGCACCUGGGCCACCGUUCUACAUUGGUUAGUUUUCCAUAAGAAGUAGAUGUAUUUAUGGUUAUAUUUGUAUUUGGGAUGGUUGCAUUCUGCCUAUGCCAGCUACAUUCAGGUCUUACAUGACUGUGCCAAGACCGAAAUAAUGUGACAUUAAAGCUAUGGGGGCAAAUGUAUGUGGAUUUUUUUUUUUUACAUAUGGCGCAAUGUUUUUUAUUUUUGUGUUUCAAAUGUGAAUAUGCAAAUAAGGGUUUGGGUUCAAUUCUGUAUUCGGCCAAAUUGCUUGUGGACAAUUAGAUGGCGGCUUCAGCGAGGUUUGUAACCAGUGUUGCCACCAGUUUGGUAACUACAGUAGCCUCUUUGGCUACUUGAAGGGCCAGUAUCGUACCCAGCAUUGCCAGUGCAAACAUUUCUGAGCCACUUCUCAUUAGGUUGUAUAAUAUAUUGUGUGUCAUUGACCUAUGUUUUGUCAUGACCAAAUGCCAUUCUAAGGGCAUUUGAUAUUUAGUUUUUAUCUUUCGUGUGAGGCUAAAACUAAGAAUUAAGAACCACUUCUUGCGUUUAUGUUUGAGUGUGUAAUGAGACUGUACUAUGCUGUAGAACUGCGAUAUGACUCUGAUCUUACCUGGCACUUACCAUUCUGGGUCCUGCUUGCCAGGUGACACCCAUGCAAACUAGUAACCUGAUCACUGGGUGCCACCCAGGGCCACUGCCUUACCACCAGGGGAGAGGACAGACAGUGACCCAGAAGGUAACCCAGCUGGGAGAAGGGGAUUACAUUUAAAUUGUGAGAUAGGUACAGUACAUUCAUGAUGUUAGCCAUCCACUUAGAUUGUAAGCUUGGUGGGGCAGUGAGCACCUUCCUCCUAUGUAGCACUGAAUAUGUGUAAUUGUGUAUAUUUAUUUAUUUGUCGUGUUUGUCCCCCUGUCUGUAGUUAUAAUGUAAUUUUGUACAGCGCUAUGUAUGCAAGUGGCGCCAACAAUAACGAUAUAAAGAUAUACCAACAUACUAAAUGCGCAGAACCCGAUCCCUGUCUGGAUCAUUAACCUGCCCCCCCCCCCCAAGCCAUUUUAUGUGCAGCUUAUUUAUACGUGCGACUGCAUGGGGGCAGAGCUUCAUGUUUACAUUGAUCAACCCCUUCCCUGCCAUAAGUAGUAGAGGAAGGGGCUUGAGAUUUUAUCUGUAUAUUGUGGAAUAUCAGGAAACAGAUUUUUCCAGAGGUGACUGACCAUGUGCAAUAAAGUAUCAUUGGAUAAAA